GUGGGUGAAACUCGGAAUGACCUGUGUGGGUAAUGAUGCUCACCAUGUUGCGGUGAAAACAAGUCCACAUGUGGGGAAGUCAGAGGAUUUGAAAUGCGACAAUUUAGGAUCAUUUAUGGAAACUUGCAGAAGGGUUUGUUCCAGGUUCACUGUAACCAGUGUUUGCAACGAGCCCAGAAUAAACACUUCUGCUUUCUCACUGUAACAAGAUCACACCGUCCCCACCUGAUGUCUCUACCUCAGUCAUCGUGGAAACAGGAACUUUCCACAACUGCAGCAUUUCUGCAGCAGUUUCAGAAAGACAAGGAAUUUGAUGUCACAAAAAAUCCGUACUUUGCCAAAUACAGUGAGAAGCUCAAAGACCUUGCUAAGGAAAAUCCAGAAGAAUAUGAAAGGAAGCUGGAAGAACUUGAGAAGAAGCUAAAAGAAGCUGAAGAAUCCAGAAAAAAGGAGCUCUCAGAGCCCCCUAAACCACUUACAGGGAAGACAGGUUCAUGGCCCCCAAAGACUCUUAAUGAGAUUAUGAAAGUGGAGAUGGUUCAAGACAAGUCUGCUGAAGAAGUUGAAGAGAUCUGGAAGCAACACCAUUUGCAUAAAGAUGGUGUAUUUUCUGUUAUUAAGAAAUCUGAUUUUGAUGCAAUGAUGUCAAAUGCUGGAGAAUUUCCAACAUUUAUCUAUGCUUUGCCCCGAGCUGAUGGCUAUGAGUUCAUUCUCUCCCAGUUUUCAGAAAACAAUGUUUACUUCACAUCGUUGCAGAUGUUCCAGAUGCUUAAGGAGAAUGCACAGGCAUCAUUAACUAUAGCUCACUUCACAGAUUUUAAGGACACAAAAGGGAUUGUUUUGAUGGCAGGAAAAUUUGAUGAGAAAUUCUUGAAUCAGAUGGAAGCAGUUAACCUUGUCAAACAGAUGGCACUGUUUUAUGGAACUGACUCCGGCGAAAGACGCCAUCUACUGGCAGCUUUCAACAAUUCUCCUACCAGUUUCAACCAUAUGGACGUGAUAGAAGAAUACAAGAAAAUCAGACAGAAAGUUGAGCUCUUUGCAUGAAGUCUUCCCAAAGAUAAAACAACUAUUAGUGAUAUUGUCAAUCAGUGUUUUUUUUUAUUAUUAUAAACUACCAAGUGGUUGCCAUGGAAUUUAUUGUAUUUGAUUACCUUUUAGGCAGUUGCCCUAUAGAUGUCUUGGCAUAAAUUAUCCUCUGCCAAAUUUUGAUAUCCAGUUCUAAGUAAUUAACUCGGGUAAAGUGUUAUCCUGAUACAAUUAGGCUAUGUUCAUAGUUAGAUUUUCAAACAUUCUUGCACCUAAAAUGAUGAUACUUGUAAAGGAACUGCCAAAGGAUGGGUGGUCAGUGAAAUCUAUAGGAUUGAUAUUGAAUAAAUUUUUCAG